AUGGAGGAUGAGGAAGCGAAGCAGCGAAGAAAACUUGAAGAAGAAGAGAAAGAAAGAGAUUUUCCGUCGCAUCAUCCUCCGCCGCCGCCUGAUGAGUUGUUUGACAUUUCGACUACAGUUGAUCCAAGCUAUGUUAUUUCGCUGAUAAGGAAACUCCUUCCAAUUGAUUCGGGGAGUGAAGAAUGUGAUCAAAGCAAUGAGGAACGGCAUAACCAUCAUUUGGUGGACACUUCCAAUGGUGAUCCAGAGAGCAUGGACAUUGGAGGUAACACUCACGAAUUUACUUCCGAGGAGAAGGACAAGGCGAGUUCAUGUCGUGAACCUGAAAAGCUAAGCGGGUCGUCAUUGGAAGAGGCAUGGGAAGAUCAUGGUUGCGUUUUGUGGGAUCUUGCUGCCAGUAGAACUCAUGCUGAGCUAAUGGUAGAGAAUCUAAUUUUACAAGUACUUCACGCAAACCUUAUGGUUUCAAAAUCUACACGCAUUCGAGAAAUCUGUAUCGGUAUUAUUGGGAACCUUGCUUGCCAUGAAGGUCUGUUAAAACAUAUAGAGUCUACAGCCGGACUCGUUAACAUUCUUGUGGGGCAGUUGUUUCUUGAUGACACCCAAUGCCUAAGUGAAGUUUGCAGGAUACUCACCACAGGACUCUAUGGGGCUGGUUUCACUUUUUGGGCCGAGUGUUUGCAGUCUGAUGAUAUACUUCGCCGUAUUUUGUGGAUUGCGGAAAAUACCUUGAAUCCUCAUCUUAGUGAAAAGAGUGUAGGGCUGUUGUUAGGUAUCAUAGAAGGUCAACAAGAGGUUGGGCAGCUACUGAUCCCUCCACUAAUGACUCUGGGCUUGACGAGUCUCUUGAUCAAUCUUCUUUCCUUUGAAAUGAGCAAGUUGGCUACAGAAAGAAUCCCAGAAAGGUACCCUGUCCUUGAAAUUAUCCUCCGAGCUUUUGAAGCCCUUUCUGCAUCAGAUAACCAUUCUAAAGAGAUUUGCUCUAGCAAACAGCUUUUUAAACUAGUCUGUGAUCUUAUGAAACUUCAGGACAAAGCCGAGGUGGCAACAUCUUGUGUUACUGCUGGAGUUUUAAUAGCAAAUAUGCUAUCAGAAACAGUCGAUUUUAUUCCAGAAGUAUCACAAGAUUUUUCUUUCUUGGAAGGUUUAUUCAGUACGUUACCAUUUGCUUCGGAUGACUUAGAAGCAAGAAGAGCUCUUUGGACUGUGAUUGCAAGAUUACUUGCCAGAGUUAAUGAGUCUGAGAUUAACAGAUCCUGUCUGAGUCAGUACAUAUCAGUUUUGUUAAGCAGCUCGGAUGUUAUAGAAGAUGAUCUUCUCGAUAUCCAGCUAGAAGAGUCGAACGAGGAGUCCCAAAACUCAUUCCCUUCCCAGAUAAAGUCAAGCGCGCGAACAAUUGCUAUACAGAAGAUGGAGUCGAUAUUGAACAGUUGGAAUAUACGCGAGGAGGAUUUACAUGAGGAAAGCAUGAAUGGGGACUGCUCUGUAAACAAAGCUGAUGUUAAAAGGCUAUCAGAUUGCUGUCAAAGAUACAUCAAAUCGGUUGGAGGAUCUUAA